AAACAUUGUGAUUAUUAUAGUGAUGUGUUAAAAUAACAAGAUGAUACAACAUCACUUCAUAAGGUUUGUCACUAGUUGAGGACAUGAAGACAAAAGAAGAGGUAGCAAGAACUUACGAUAAAGAUGGCUACAAACUUCGAGCUGGUUGCCUCUGUUAUAAAGAUGAAAGUGAGAAAGAGAUUUUAUUAGUCACGAGUUCUCGUUAUCAUGACCGUUGGGUGGUUCCAGCAGGUGGAAUUGAUCCAGGUGAAACCCCGUGUGAUGCAGCUGUUAGGGAGGUAUUUGAAGAGGCUGGUGUGAAGGGCAGUGUGGGUGCCUUUCUGGGCAUCUUUCAGAACGAUAAAAGAAAAAGUCGGACAUAUGUGUAUUCAAUGGUUGUGAAGGAUAUGUUGAAACCAAUUGAGUGCAAAGAAAGAAAGUGGUUUAUCGUGAAAGAUGCAUUAUUUAUGUUAAAUCACCGCCCCGUUCAACAGACCUACAUAACAACCGCUAUUGACAAGAAAGUAUCCAACACUGUCUUGACAUCCUCACAGAAGAAAGUUCUUGGAAAUCUUCUGGGGUAAAAAAUAUUCGCAAUCAAAACUUUUCUAUUCAACAGGGUAAAAAUCGCCAUUUAAAGGUGGUUUACGUUAAACAGUCUGUCGUCGUUAAAGUUUUAUUCAAAAUAACUGACUUAAAGAUAUAUGUCGACUUAUUGUUUAUCAAAAUAUACCAUGCGGUGUACUUAUGACAAAAUAAUUAUUACCCAUUAAGUUAUUAUAUAAUAAAAUCGGGAAAUAACCCUGUUUAAUUAUGCCAUAGCGCAUUUGUUUAGCUGAAUGUUUCUAAGGUUAGGUCUUGGUGGUGUGUUUUUAUUUUUACUUAGUAAUUAAGAACGCCAUCUUGAGUUUUGAUUUGGUUAACUUUUCAUUGCGUGGCCGAGACAAACGCGAGUCGUGCUUUCUGAGUUGCGUUGUUUCUCGUUUUCUUAAAACAAUUGUUAAUGUGAUAAAAACGAUAAUGUAUAUAGAUUUACUUAAAUUUACUUUUGUAUUUAUUUAUAGUAAACGAAAUUGCAGCAAAUAGUCUGUUGCUUCUUUCA